AAUUAUUUUCUCUUUUGUCCGCCAUUGAUAUGCCGAAGAACAAUAAGCAUCAUGCUGCCCUGCUAGCCAGCCCUGGCAUGGGGCAUCUCAUUCCCAUCGUGGGGCUUGGGAAACGAAUGGCCACUCACCAUGAUUUUCAUGUUACAAUCUUUUUCAUUGCAAGUGACCAUGGCUUGACAACAUCGCUUCUCAAAUCGCCUACUGUGGAGAAUCUUGACAUUGUCCCACUCCCAUUGGUGGAUAUCUCGGCCCUCGUUGGCCCUAACACACAGUUAGUGGAAAAACUGAUUAUCAUCGUGAGGGAGUCGUUGCCAAGCCUCCGGUCUUUGAUUGCAGCCAUGAAGUAUCGUCCCUCGGCUUUGAUUGUGGACUUGUUCGGAGCCGAUGCCUUUGAUAUAGCCGAAGAGUUUGGAAUGCUUAAGUACGUGUUCAACACUGCUAAUGCAUGGUGCCUUGCCGCCAUACUCCAUUCAUCAAGACUUGGCAAUAAAUUCAUCUUGGAACAUCAUAUCAAGGGCCAGAAGCCAUUGGAAAUACCUGGGUGCAAAUCGCUUUCUUUUGAAGAUACCCCCGAAUCUUUGCGCAACAUUGAUCGUAGCGGUCAACUAGAAUUCCAUGGAUUUAAAAUGACGAAUUCUCAUGGGAUCUUGAUCAAUACCUGGGAAGAUCUUGAGUCCUCUACCAUUGAAGCACUUAGAGAUAACAACCACUUGAGGGGCCUUGUUAAGGUACCAAUUUAUCCUAUCGGUCCACUGGUCGGGCAAGAUGGAAAUCAAGCGUUAGAUAAACAAGUGAAACAAUGGCUUGACAAGCAACCGAUUGAAUCAGUCAUUUAUGUCUCAUUUGGUAGCGGGAGUACUCUAUCAGCAACACAAAUGACCGAGUUGGCUUGGGGUUUAGAGCAAAGCCAGCAAAAGUUCAUUUGGGUCGUCCGUCCUCCAUCAAACAAUGCAGUUGGGACCUAUUUCACCAUAGGGAAAGAUGAUGUGGAUGGCACCCCGGAUUACUUGCCACAAGGGUUUUUCACUCGAACCAAAGAGAUUGGCUUAGUGAUACCGAUGUGGGCACCUCAAGUACAGAUCCUGAGCCAUCCAUCCGUAGGUGGUUUUUUAUCUCAUUGUGGAUGGAAUUCAACUUUAGAGAGCAUUAUGAAUGGGGUGCCGAUGAUUGCAUGGCCGCUUUAUGCAGAGCAAAAGAUGAAUGCUGCGAUGCUAACUGAGGAUUUUGAGAUUGCUGUUCGACCAAAGGUUUCUACCACUGAGGAAAUUGUUGGGAGGGAGGUGAUUGGAAAUAUGGUGAUUACGAUCAUGGCAGAUAAGGAAGGGAAAGCAAUGAGGGACAGAGUCAAGGAAUUGAAGAAUAGAGCAGAGAAGGCUUUGUGCAAGGGCGGUUCCUCUUUCAAUUUUCUUUCUCAAGUAGCCAAAGAUUGCAUGCACCACCUCCUAGCCUAA